AUGGAAGACUUUGGCAGCGAGUCGGAUAGUGACUACACUAGCUACUGGAGAGAUUGGUUUAUCGGUUCCAAGGGCAACGAAUACUUUUGCGAGAUCGAUGAGGAUUACCUGACGGAUCGGUUCAACCUCACGGGCCUCAACACAGAGGUCUCUUACUAUCAAUAUGCGCUCGACCUCAUCACCGAUGUCUUCGACCUCGACUGUGACGAUGAGAUGCGCGAGACGAUAGAGAAGUCGGCACGACAUCUUUACGGGCUGGUCCACGCGAGGUAUAUUGUCACGACGAGAGGAUUGAGCAAAAUGCUCGAAAAAUACAAAAAGGGCGACUUUGGCAAGUGUCCCCGCGUCCACUGCGGCUCGCACCCGCUGCUGCCGAUGGGCCUGUGCGACAUACCCAGCUCGAAGCCGGUCAAGCUCUACUGCGCGCGGUGCGAAGACAUAUACAACCCCAAGUCGUCGCGACACGCCGGCAUCGAUGGCGCGUACUUUGGUACCUCGUUCCACAACAUCCUCUUCCAGGUCUACCCAGCCCUGAUGCCCGUCAAGUCGGCCGAGCGCUACGUCCCGCGCUGCUUUGGCUUCCGCGUCCAUGCGGCUGCCUCUUUGGUGCGGUGGCAGAGCGGAAAGCGUGAGGACAUGAGGCGGCGGCUGCGUAAGAUGGAGGUCGAGAGCGGCUUCAAGGACGGGGAGGACGAGAUUGAGGACGACGAGGAAGAAGAGGACGAGGACGGCAUGAAGCAGGAGGGCAUGGCCGUCGGCUUGGUGGACUCUGCUACAGUACCUGGGGAUAGCAUGAUGCAGGGUGUCUGA